ACUACCCAGGAGCCACCUGAGUGUCAAGAUGGUGGUUCUCUCCAAGGAAUACGGCUAUGUGGUCCUGACUGGCGUUGCCGGCUUCAUCAUGAUCACACACCUUGCUGUGAACGUGGCGAAGGCACGCAAGAAAUACAAGGUGGAGUAUCCAACCAUGUAUAGCACGGACCCUGAACACGGCCAUAUCUUCAACUGCAUCCAGCGUGCGCACCAGAACACAUUGGAAGUUUACCCCUCCUUCCUGUUCUUUCUAGCCGUGGGCGGAAUUUCCCACCCGCGUGUCGCUGUUGGGUUUGGCAUCACCUGGAUCAUUGGCAGAGUCCUCUAUGCCUAUGGCUAUUACACAGGAGAUCCCCGGAAGCGAAACCGAGGGGCCAUCGGUUCAGCGGCACUCAUACUCAGCCUUGCAGCACCUUGAGUGGGUCUCCAAGUAGUAGCCAGCCUCCAUACCCCUUCACAGCUUCCUGCACAGUCUCCAAGGUGUAAACUGUUGGGUUGCUGGGAAGAGGUGUUUUUUGCAUAAUAAAUUUCAUAACUUCCCACUUA